GUGACCCAGCUGGACGCUUUGAUUACAGGACGGAUCGCUUCUGGCCGAUCGGCACCUUUUUAGAAUUUUGUAUUUUAUUAAAACACUCAAACCUCAGAGGUCGCUCGGUUUGUAAGGAAUUACGGUUGUGUUCGGCCUUAAAUGAGGACUUGUGUUCGGAGUGCACUUUUGGGGAACAGUAUUUGCCCGUGAAGGCCGUGUGGUUGUCCCCGGAGUGGCUCAACUGUUCUCGGACUGAUCCGAUGGGGGACACCGGCAGCGAGCGCAGCAACCCGCCGAGUCUCCCUCCGCGAUGCCCCUGCGGCUUCUGGGGAUCCAGUAAGACCAUGAACUUGUGCUCCAAAUGUUUUGCUGACUUUCAGAAAAAGCAGCCAGAUAGUGAGUGUUCGUCCAAGCCAAGCUCAAGCUCUGAGAGUGCGCAGACGUACAGCAGUGAGGUGGGCAGUGUCAGCAGCCCGGACCGACCCUCACUGUCUCCACCUGCAUAUCCAGAACCACAGACAGUCACAUCCCUCCCCUUCAGCACUGCACAGGAAGGAGCUUCAUGUUCCAACGCAGCACAAGGUCUUCUCUGCACUACCACCAAACGACCAUGCCAUACGGAUGUUUCUGCUUCAGAUGAUGAGGCAUCUCCAGCUAAACGUGCGCGGCUUGAGGACGGCUCAUCAGGAGAAGAGGCGAGGAGCGGACCCAAGCAGAAGAACCGCAGGCGCUGUUUUCACUGUUCAAGCAAACUAGAGCUGGUACAGGCGGAGCUGGGCUCCUGUCGCUGUGGCUAUGUGUUCUGCAUGCGCCAUCGUCUUCCUGAGCAGCACAAGUGUGAGUUUGAUCACUUGGGACGAGGUCGCGAAGAGGCCGUGCGCAAAAUGGUGAAACUGGACCGGAAGGUGGGCCGGUCCUGUCAGCGUAUCGGAGAGGAGUGUUCCUGAUUCCCGUCAUCCAUCCCUAGAUAGUGAUCCCUCAAGAGAGGGCCAAGAAAACAAGAAUUAAUGAGGGAAGAAUUGGCCAGAGCUUGAUCGGGGGUCGUCUCUCGUUUGAGGCCUCGAGUGACCCGAAGAGCUCGGCUCCUGACGCUCUCUGCCUUAAUCUGUUGAAAACUGCCUGUUUUGACUGAAGUGGAUUGCAAAUCUUCAGCAGCAAGUCUUUUCAAGUACUAUGUGUUUGUGUGAGUGGCUGAGUGUUAAAGAUUUGUUAUUAGUCUAAUAGUCUGUCAAACUAGGAUCUGAUUCCUCAAAGAUCUGCUGCAUCCACAGGCCUCUGCAACUAUAAAUCCCUGACUGAUGUUUGCUCAAUCGAUGCCUCCACCUGCCCAUGUAGUCUCAGUUCUGCUGCCAUUGUUUCUCUGAUAAAGUCUUGUUUACAGAUUACAUGAAUUCUGUUUCUGGCUCUUUAAUUGCUCAUCCACAACAUCAAACAUUUGAAAGACUGAAUCAAACCACACGGUUGAGUUGAUUAGAUCAGGAGCAAAUGGCCUGGAGUAAAAGCAUUAUUUUUCCUUCAAGGUAUUAUUAAAAAUGACAGUUUGAAGAUGUUAGUGUAAACAUGUAUCGUAAAGUUUUUUUGGUUUUUUUUGCAUAUUAAAUGAGCUCAUUUUAGCAUAGAGUUGUGUAUUUAGUUCAACUUAAAAGGAAAUGCAUUAUUUACUGCUUCAUUUGCUGCUUUUUUGUUUUUUUUCAUCCUUUUGCUCUCAUGUUCUUAAAGUUGAAUAAACUGGUUUAGAUUA